UCAAUCAUGAAGAAUAGCCUUAGGCAGUAGUGCGUUGCGUUAUCGUGAGCGGGUCAGUUGUACUUUGUGCUGCGAACUUAGAUAACCUCUUUCGUAUGUUUAAAGACCCCCCUCUGCUUUCUCGAACUACGGGGAGUUUAUAUAACAUCAAAAUCCACUGCUAAAGUAUUCAUUGUGAAUCGAGGAGUGCAUAGGUGAAUUUUAGUUCAGAUCCAUAACCGUGUGUAAUUCAUUCUCAAGUGCAGUAACUUCAUAAAGGAAACCAACUACUUUAUCUUCAGAACCUACGCAUCAGCGGGAAGAGGUCGUUGUUAUUACGUAUAUCGUUCGCGGGUAAUUUGAAUGUUUCUUUCCAAUCUGUCAGCACACGGAGGAAUGCAAAAGGACUGUCGGGAUUGUUUAGGUCUCCGAUACCGUAUUAACUCCCUGGAUCAGACGUGGAAGUGGUUGCAUCAAACAAUUGCCCUUCACGAUUAUCUGAUUUCAAUAACUGCCAGUCAAUCCGACUUUUCAAGAAAGUCUUGUCAGUAGGACUGCUAUCUACAGACAAAAAUAUUAACCAUUGUCAAGGCUGAUUUUGCCACGUACUUAGAAAAACCCUCACAGGUUUAGUAGUCGAAGACUGAUUUCACGAAUCAAUAUCACAUUAUUCCCAGGGAGUGCGGUUUUCAUAUCGGUACCUAUACA